UUUAAUAAUAAUAACAAGCAUGAAUACUUUAAAAGACCUUUCAUGUUUUGGUUUAUAAUAAUUCAUGGAGGAUUUUUCAAUUUUAUAAUAUCAUAUAAUAUAGGUUUAUUUAAUAUUUUAUUUGGGAAUAUAUAAAUCAUAUAUGAUUGGGACAAAAACGAAAAAAAAUUAUAUUAUUCUCUAAUUAAUUCAUUACCAUAAGCAAUUGCAGCAAUAAUUUCUUUGUUUGCGGGAAAUUGGGCAUAGAAAUAUGGGAGAAGAAGAUUGUUAAUAAUAUUUAAUUAUUUAGCUAUAAUCGCCACAGUUUAUAUAUUAAAAAAGGAAGAAUAAUAAUUGGACUUUGCUUAGGUGUGUGGAGUUCUAUUGCUCCUUUAUAUUCAAUAGAAGUUGCAUGCAAAAAAUAUAAAGGAAUAUCAGGAAUUAUAUAUUCUUUAUAAUUCGGAAUAGGUAUGAUGAUUUCAUUUGUAUUAAAUUAUGGAAUAAAAAGCAAUAAUUAAUUUUGGAAAGUAAUUAUUGGUUUACCUAUGAUAUUAAGCUUUGUAAGCAAUUUAAUAUUUCAUAUAAUUUUUAAAAAUGAAACUCCAUAAUAUUAUAUGAUAACAAAAAAUGAUUCUAACAAAGCAAAAGAAACUAUAUAUAGUCUAUAUCAAAAUAAAAUUGCAAAGGAGGAAUUUGAAGAUUUGCUUUUAUAUUAAUAAUAAUAUUAUAAGUUUUAAAAAUUAAUUGGAUAUAGAGAUUUGUUUAGACCUAGAUAUUUACAUAGAACCAUUCUUAUUAUUUUCUUUACUAUGGCUUUUUGUUAUUCUGGAACUAAUAUUAUUAGUAUUUAUUCAUAUAGUAUUAUUAAAAUUAAUUAGAAUCAGGAAAUCGCAUAACUAUUCACUUCUAUUAUACCAAUAGGAGAUAUUGUUGGACCUUUUAUAGCUAUUAUUCUUAUAAAUAGGCUUGGUAGGAAAAGACUUUAUAUAUUAGGAUUAUUUUUUUCUUCAGUUUUUUUAAUUCUUUUUUCUAUUUUUGGAUGGAUUUAACUUACUUAUCUACAAAAAUAUAUGAUUUUAGCAUAUAAAUUUAUACUAGGAAUGUCCUCAAGCCCAGUUCAUUGGAGUAAAAAAAAAUAUAUACUUUCCCAAGUGAAAUUUUACCUCCUAUUGGUAUUGGCUUUUUUUGUUUUGCUUAUUGGUUAAUUAGUUUAACUUCUGUUUUCACUUAUCCAUAUAUGUAAGAUUAUUUUGGUGUUGAAUAUUCAAUGUUAACUUUUGCUAUAAUUACUUCUAUUUUAAUUGUUGUUUUAUAGUUUAUUAUGCAUGAUACUACCAAUAAAGGAAAAGAUGAAAUAGAAAAAAUCUAUAAUAAAUUAUUAAAAAAAAAAAAAAAAAAAGGGUAUAUAACUUAAGAAGAAAAAUAAAAUAAUUAAUUAUAAUAUUGAAUUAUUUUCUAAAAUUUUUAUUAAUAUUAUAAUAUUUUUUCUAAUAUAUCUUAUAACUAUUUUGUAAUUUUUUGUAAUAUUUUUUAACAAUUUUUAAUAUAUUUUUAUAUUCUAAAAUUAUAUAAUUUAAUUUUUUUUUUUAAAUAAAAAAAAUAUUUAAUGA